CUAGGGCUGGCUGGAGCCCAGGAGCCCCUGGCUGUUUGGUGGCCUUUACCUUCUGCAUUGGGGUCUCUGGCGAAAGAAAACUCUUGAUGGGCAACUAAGACUGGAAGAUGGCCGACGCCGAAGAAGGCUUCGGACUGCCCGGGACCCCCGUCGAAGCCGAGGCCAAAGAGCUGGGCGGCGAAGGCAAGGCCGAGGCCCAGCUCGGAGGGGCCAGCACCAAGCAGCCCUCCUCCCCGCAGGCCGCCUUCACCCAGCAGGGCAUGGAAGGCAUCAAAGUUUUUCUGCACGAGAGAGAACUGUGGAUGAAAUUUCACGAAGUCGGGACCGAAAUGAUCAUCACCAAAGCUGGAAGGCGGAUGUUCCCCAGCUACAAAGUGAAAGUCACAGGACUCAACCCCAAGACCAAGUACAUUCUGCUGAUGGAUAUUGUCCCUUCUGAUGACCACAGAUACAAGUUUGCAGACAAUAAAUGGUCAGUGACUGGGAAAGCUGAACCUGCCAUGCCUGGAAGAUUAUAUGUCCAUCCAGACUCGCCAGCUACUGGAGCUCAUUGGAUGCGGCAGCUGGUUUCCUUCCAAAAGCUCAAGCUGACAAACAAUCAUCUCGACCCAUUUGGCCAUAUCAUCCUCAACUCUAUGCACAAGUACCAGCCCCGCCUCCACAUUGUCAAAGCGGAUGAGAAUAAUGGAUUCGGGUCCAAAAACACAGCCUUCUGCACCCAUGUGUUUGCAGAGACAGCUUUCAUCGCGGUGACCUCCUACCAGAAUCACAAGAUCACUCAGCUGAAGAUUGAAAACAACCCUUUUGCCAAAGGGUUUAGAGGCAGCGAUGACAUGGAGCUGCACAGAAUGUCAAGGAUGCAAAGCAAGGAGUAUCCAGUGGUGCCCAGGAGUACAGUCAGGCAGAAAGUGGCCUCCAACCACAGCCCUUUCAGCGGCGAGGCCCGGGCUCUGUCGACCUCUUCCAACCUUGGAUCCCAGUUCCAGUGUGAGAACGGUGUGUCCAGCACUUCCCAGGACCUGCUACCCGCCGCCAACCCAUACCCUGUCUCUCAGGAACAUGGCCAGAUUUACCACUGCACCAAGAGAAAAGAUGAGGAAUGUUCCACCACAGAGCAUCCUUACAAGAAGCCCUACAUGGAAACAUCUCCUCCGGAGGAUGACGCGUUCUACCGCUCCAGCUACGCUCAGCAGCAGGGACUGAAUGCCAGCACAUACAGGACUGAGUCUGCUCAACGCCAAGCCUGUAUGUACGCCAGCUCUGCCCCAGCCACAGAGCCGGUGCCCAGUCUGGAGGACAUCAGUUGCAACACGUGGCCUCCUGUGCCGUCCUACAGUAGCUGCACCGUGACUACCAUGCAACCCAUGGACAGGCUGCCCUACCAACACUUCUCAGCUCACUUCACCUCUGGCCCCUUGAUGCCCCGGCUUGCCGCUGCCGUCGCCAACCAUACCUCACCUCAGAUCGGGGACACGCACGCCAUGUUCCAGCACCAAACUGCCGUUCCUCACCAGCCCAUUGUCCGGCAAUGUGGACCUCAGACCGGCAUCCAGUCACCGCCCAGUGGCUUACAACCGGCCGAGUUCCUUUAUUCCCAUGGGGUGCCCCGAACCCUGUCUCCUCACCAGUACCAUUCUGUCCAUGGGGUGGGCAUGGUGCCAGAAUGGAACGAGAACAGCUAACCAGGCAAUGCGGGAGCAACGUCGGAUGGAUGGAUGGGUGGGAACAUCCCCGCAGAAUGAGGCAUGUUUUUUGGCCAGACUUGUUUAACUGAAUGUUCAUAUAUUAAAAAAGAAGCACUCUAGAGAUGGACAGUGUCCUAUCUUGGGGCGGGGGGCAGACCAUGGUAUUGUAUUCCCCCUGCUUUUUUUUCUCGAGGCCAUCGAUCAACUGAUCCAUGCCCCCCCCCCCCCGACACACAUGCGCACGCACACACACCUGGCCACUAUGGUCGCACCCGGACGUAGCCGCACAGAUUUUGCAUUGCUGCUCCCACCACCUUGUGACCUCCUACCCCUGGGUUUUACUUUGGUUUUCCGGUGAAACACAGGCAUUGGGCCACCUUUCUCAACACAAGGAGAGUGCUUUGGAGAAAACAACGACAUCAGCGACAACACUAGAAUAAGUUGUGGGGUUUUUUUCUU